GAGCCGGGGGCGGGGUGGCGGCGGCGGCGGCCCCGGGCGGCCCCGCGGCCCCGCGAACCAAGACCAAGAAGAAGCAGAAGCGCUUCGUGCCGCAGCGGGUGAAGGUGCCGCGGGCCGCAGACCCGCUGCUGGCCGUGCUGGCUUGGGGCGUUAACCAUCAGAUCAGCGAGCUGAGCCAGGUCCCGCUGCCCGUUAUGCUGCUGCCCGACGACUUCAAAGCCAGUUCCAAAAUCAAGGUCAACAACCACCUUUUCAACCGGGAGAACCUGCCCAGUCACUUCAAGUUCAAGGAAUACUGCCCCCAGGUGUUCCGUAACCUCCGCGAGCGCUUCGGCAUCGACGACCAGGACUAUCAGGUGUCCCUGAGCCGCAGCCCCCCGCAGUGGGAGGGCAGUGGGCGGCGCUUCCUGCUCUCAGCCGAUCGCACGCUGGUGCUCAAGGAGCUGUCGAGCGAGGAUGUGGCCGAUGUCCACGGGCUCCUGUCCCACUACCACCAGUACGUGGUGCAGUGCCAUGGCAGCACGCUGCUGCCCCGCUUCCUGGGCAUGUACCGGGCCAGCGUGGACAGCGAGGAGACCUACCUGCUGGUCAUGAGGAACAUGUUCAGCCACCGCCUGCCAGUGCACAGGAAAUAUGACCUGAAGGGCUCCCUUGUGUCCAGAGAGGCCAGUGACAAGGAGAAGGGGAAGGAUUUACCCACCCUGAAGGACGUGGACUUCCUGAACAAGAAUGAGAAGAUCUACGUGGGGGAGGAGGACCAGAAGGACUUCAUGGAGAAGCUCAAGAGGGACGUGGAGUUCCUGGUGCAGCUGAAGAUCAUGGACUACAGCCUCUUGCUGGGGAUCCACGAGGUGGGAAGAGCAGAGCAGGAGGAAGAGGAGGAGGUGGAGGAAGAUGAAGGGGGAGGGGGUGGUGAGGAAGGGGGGGGCUCCUAUGGGACCUCCCCUGAGGGCAUUGGCAGUUACCUCAACUCCCACCGGCCCCUCGGCCCCGGCGACUUCGAUCCCUACGUCGACGUCUACGCCCUGCGCGGCACCGAGGCUGCCCCCCGGCGUGAGGUGUAUUUCAUGGGGCUGAUCGAUGUCCUCACCCAGUACGACGCCCGCAAGAAGGCGGCUCACGCGGCCAAGACGGUCAAGCACGGGGCAGGAGCAGAGAUCUCCACAGUGCACCCUGAGCAAUACGCCAAGCGCUUCCUCGACUUCAUCACCAACAUCUUCGCUUAGGGGGGAUCCCUCCAGCCCCCCACUUCCUCCCCCUCCCACCACCCCUGGACCAAGGGGCCAUCCCCAGGAUGUGCUGCCCCCUCCUCCCCUCCCUGGCAUGCACAGCCGCCCCCCCAAGACCCCCAAAUGACCCCCCCUUUCCUUUGGCAGCUCCUCCCCAGCAGGCAGGGGCUUUGCUACUUAAGUGCCUUAACUUUAUGGAGGGGGAGGAAGGUGUGGGGGGGCUUCUGGCUCUAACCAACCCCCCAACAGUGAGGAGGGGGGUCUGAGGCUCCCCCUACUCCCCCUCCCCUAAACCACAGCAAGACUUGGGACCCUCUUCCCCCACUGCCUCAUGCUGGGGUGGGGGGGAUCAAACACUACUUGCCCCGGGGAGGAGGGGGGCUUGGGUUGGGACUCCAACCAGGUGUGUGUGGGGGGAGCUAUUCCUUGUCAUUCCCCCCCUCUUCACCGCGUGGGACCCUGGGGGGCCAGCAGAGCCCCCCUCCUUCCUGCAGCACCCCGAGGUGCCCCCAGUUCCCAGGGAGAGGCGAGGAUUGUGUGUCCCCCCCACUCUCAUUACCAGCACCGGGGCAGCUCCUCCCUCCCGUGAGAAAUAAAUUAUUGAACCGGC